CACUGUUUUGAAUGGAAGCCGGAAGUUGAGAUCAGAUCGGAGGUCGCCAAGCCACCACUUUGUCAAGCUGUGAUCUUUUCAUCUGGUCAAUGACGUUACACUCAGCACAUUUUGGUGUGUCGUUUCAAGUCUUUCAGUGCAUGGAUUCAAUGUAAACUCAUGUUAAAAGGGUGUUGAAGCGGGGUACACCUUGACGCUGCAAACAGGGCUUCCCACCUACUGUGCCUGGGAUACCAUCAAAUGCUCCGAAUACGUUGCCACUAGAUGUCAGACAUGAGUCAUUCCAAUGAGGAUGCUCCUCCAGCCAACACCAUGCAGCAAAAGAGGAACAUCCAGAUCAUCGAGUGGGAGGACUUGGACAAAAAGAAAUUCUACUCUUUUGGCAUGUUCAUCACCUUGAGCAUUAGGGUCACAGUCUACCCGGCCACCCUGAUCCGGACUCGGCUGCAGGUGCAGCGUGGCAAAUCGCUUUACGCUGGCACCUUUGAUGCCUUUGUUAAGAUCUUGCGGGUGGAUGGCGUUCGGGGCCUGUACCGUGGCUUCAUGGUCAACAGCUUCACCCUCAUCUCUGGCCAGGCGUACAUAACCACCUAUGAGCUGGUGAGGAAGUACGUCUCCAAGUAUAGCAAUGACAACACGGUCAAGUCGGUGGUGGCGGGCGGCCUGGCUUCCAUGGUGGCUCAGAGCAUCACUGUCCCCAUAGAUGUGGUGUCACAGCAGCUGAUGAUGCAGGGCCAAGGGGCGCACCUCAGCCGCUUUCACCUUAAUGCCUGCAUGGAGGCCGGCAAGCCCAAAACAGUGUUCGGCCAAACCAGGAGCAUAGUGGCCCAAAUAUUUGCUGCGGAUGGUUUUCCGGGUUUCUACAGGGGAGCCCUUGCUUCUUUACUCACCUACAUCCCAAACAGUGCUGUAUGGUGGCCUUUCUAUCAUUUUUAUGCAGAACAACUGUCAAAUCUGGCCCCCUCUGGCUGUCCUCAUCUGGUCCUACAGGCCAUGGCAGGUCCACUUGCCGCGGCCACUGCUUCCACAGUCACCAACCCCAUGGAUGUCAUCAGAGCUAGAGUGCAGGUUGAAGGUCGCAAUUCAAUCACAGAGACCUUCAGACAGCUUAUCAAGGAGGAGGGCUUCUGGGGAAUGACCAAAGGGCUGUCGGCGCGAAUCAUUUCAUCCACCCCCACCGCCAUCGUCAUGGUGGUGGGCUAUGAGAGCCUCAAAAAACUAAGUUUGCGGCCGGAGCUUGUGGACUCCAGACACUGGUAGAAACAAGCCAUCGCAUGCAUCAUGUCAGUGCUGAGCCAACGAGGACAUGAACUGCUUCAGAAGGACUGUAGUAACCAUUGGGACACACUCCUGUGCUGGUGAAGAGUAAAGAAGAAUUUUAAGAUUGGACCUAAAAAUAAGAAUACUUAGCUUUUUUUUUUUUUUUUUUUUAAAUAAUAGAACACUUAGGAAAUGAUUGCAACUUGAUUUUAUUUUCUGCUUCUGAGCAUGAACUACAUUUACGAGGAGAGUUGUUCUUUGCUGUAAACGUACAGCAAAUUGUGGGCCUACAUUCAAACCUGACGAGAUGGCAAAUUCCAUACAACUGACAAACAUAAUAUGUCAUUUAAAAUAUUUUAUGGCUUUAAGCACAAA